UAGAAAAUGAGUGACACUGAUGAUGAUGUACCUCAGCUCUCAUCCCAAGCCUUAGCUGCUCUACAGGAGUUCUACAUCGAGCAGCAGCAGAAAAAUGACAUUAAGACAACAGAAAGAUGUUCCGACUAUUCUCUGGGCUCAAUAGAAGAGAACUGGAAACUGAGCCAGUUUUGGUAUGAUUCUGAAACUGCACUCCGUUUGGCUAAUGAGGCUAUACAGGCUGUUGGAAAAGGUGGCAGGAUAGCAUGUGUUAGCGCACCCAGUGUUUAUCAAAAACUGAAAGAGCUGGAUAGCAAGGAUUUUUCAACAUGUAUAUUGGAAUAUGACCAAAGAUUUUCUGUGUAUGGAGAUGAAUAUGUUUUCUACGAUUACAACAAUCCUUUGAAACUGCCAGAAAAUCUCACAGCGCACAGUUUUGACAUAGUUCUAGCAGAUCCGCCCUACUUAUCUGAAGAAUGCCUCAGAAAAACAGCCGAUACCAUCAGAUACUUAACUAAAGGAAAGAUUCUGCUUUGUACAGGUGCAACCAUGGAGGAACAAGCUGCAAAAUAUCUUGGAGUGAGGAUGUGCAAGUUUCUUCCGAAACAUACUCGACACUUAGCCAAUGAAUUUAGAUGUUAUGUGAAUUAUGAUUCUGGACUAGAUUCUGAAUUUGUGUACUGACAUAAAGAACUGGUAAAUUUCAGUG